AUCCAGGAUAUGUGAUGUAAUGUCCCGUACAUAAAGGCGUAGGUGACGCCAGCGAAAGCUUGAAGAGCAAGAAAACUCCACGACUGAAUUUUAGACUUUACAGAAAAGUUGAGGAAGAAUAAAUGCUUAUUAAACUAUCUCUGAAAUUGCUCAGAAACCUUGAAAUAUCUCCUAGUUUUGACUACUACCGUAGUUAGCAUAUUUAACGAGGAAGUAUGGCGUCUGGAAGUAAAUAUCCUGACCUCACAGCUUUCAAAGCUCUAAGCUUCGACUGCUAUGGCACACUCAUCGACUGGGAAACCGGCUUCCUAAGCACCGUCCGGAUGCUCACCUCGCAGCUCGCACCCGACCACCCUCUCAACACCGACCCGCCGAUAGAAGCCAUGCGGCGCCUCAACGCCAUCACGGACGCGCGCGAGCAGGACGAGCCGAUGGAGCCGUACAACGAGAUCCUCGCCGAGUCCAUCACCAAGUUCGCGCGCGAGGAGCUCGGGCUCCCGGGCCUGCCCGACAGCAUCGCCGAGCCCUUCGGCAACUCGCCGGGGACCUGGACGCCGUUCGCCGACACGGUCCCCGCGCUCCUGCGGCUGCAGGCCCGCUACAAGCUCGCCAUCCUGUCCAACAUCGACAACGCCAGCAUCGCCGCCACCGUCGGCCAGCGGCUCGCGCCCGCCCGCUUCGACGCCGUCUACACGGCGCAGGACAUCGGGUCGUACAAGCCCGCGCGCGCUAACUUCGAGUACCUGUUCGAGCACCUGCGCGCGGACCUCGGCGUCGACAGGGACAAGGGGGAGCUGCUGCACGUCGCGCGCAGCUUGGUCGCCGACCACGUGCCCGCGAAGGACCUGGGGCUGCCGAGCGUGUGGAUAUCGAGGGGUGGGGAGCGCGAGGAGGCGCAGGGCGUGGGGGGUAGCUAUGCCGAGUUGAAGGAUCAGGUAGCGUUCGGGUGGCGGUUCGAUACUUUGGGCGAUUUUGCGGAUGAGGUGGAGAGGCAGUUUGCUGCUAAGGAGAAGUCGUGAUGUGAUGGAGAUAGGGGCGGUGCAAGUGAAGGAUAUGUGAAACGGGAAAUAAAGACUACCUCCAUCCUAGGUACCUUACCUCUAGGCAGGUAAAUAUCAUGAAAGUUAUGUCAAUAGCGACACCAAACUGAAACAGCUGUUAUACCUCAUUCCCAAACUACGGUAUUCUUCUCACUUCAUAUCAUACCAUACCAAGGUACCUCUCACUCAAUCACUCCUAUUCCCCCAUCCUCGUAUCCCCAUCGCCGUCCUU